UCCUGAGAAGGAGCAUUCAGCUCAACUUAUUGACAAACAAAGAUCACGGUGUGAUCGAACCAUGACGACAAUGACGUCACGUGGCUAUAAAAAUUUAGUUUCAUAGGCACAGUCAGAUUCUUUCUCCAUCAUGCGUAGGACUGAAAUUCUACGGCAAACAAUCGCUGAACCACUCUAUUGUUAAAUGAAUAAAAAGAUAAGGCAGUUCGAGAUUAUUCUGUGAUUAUGUGGACAUUUGCUGGUAGCUUCGUUGAAAGGUGAAAUGAAAUUGUUAGUGUUAAUCGGUGUGUUGGUGGUAUGGGUACAGAUUGUUUUGGAAGUUGAGGGUCAUUUGUGGGGACGGCGACGACGUCGACGAAGGAGAACUGUUCCCCCGCCAGAACCAGAUUGUUAUGUCAGUGAUGGUAAAAGAUGUCAAGAUAUAAAUGAGUGUCAGACCAAUGGAGGGAGAGGACCAUGCUCCCACACUUGUCAUAACACUGCAGGCAGUUAUAAAUGUGACUGUCCGACGGGGUACAUUCUUGGAACAGACAUGAAAACUUGCCAGGCAAAGGACUGCGGAACACCAUUUCUCAGUCACUGUCAUGCCCCCGUGUAUACAGACCAUGUAGGCAUGGUUUGCCAGAAAGUAGCCGCCAAUUGUCCCUUGGGUACAAGGCUCAACGCCCAGUGCCAUUUCAACUGCCCUACAGAUUUUGGCAUCGCAAAAAUCAAUGAUUUUACUUUGCCUUUCGCAAAAGUUGUGCUUAAAGAAGAUUUCCAGAAUGUUGUCACUUCCACAACCUGUGGCCUGGACACGUCCGGUAGAGCUGUUUGGUCGAAUGCUUCAGUAUUUCCCACUCACUAUUUUUGCAGGAGAAGAAACGACCCUCCUUCAAAUAUCUUGCUCUCAAAGACAACAUUGAAGGAACAUUCUUCUGUUGGAGCUGUUGUGGGGUCCCUGUCAGUGACAGUCCCCAUUGAAACAAAUGGAAUUGCAUACAGUAUGCAGCCUUCAGCAGGGCAGUAUUUCUUCCAGAUACAGGGAAAUAGGCUUCUAAACACGUGGGUACCGCGAUGGAAAAACCUACAAGGUUUGCAAAUUAACAACUACCACAUCAUAAUCCGUGCGACAAGCCCCGGUCUUCCUCCGAUGUGGCUUGAUAAAAACUUCACCAUCACUGUGACUAAUGUGAACGACCCCCCUUACUCGAUACAAAUUUCAAACAACAGCGUUAUGGAUACAGCUACCCACGGCCAUGUUAUUGGGGUGUUGUCUGCAAUUGACUAUGAUGGUCCAAGAGGCAACUUACCAUCAAGUGAUUUCGUUUGGUCGCUGAUUGAAGACGACAGAGGCCGUUUUGGUUUGCAAGGACCAAAUCUGGUUGUUGCUGGUGCUCUUGAUCAUCAGGCACAUCAGUAUCAUCGCAUUAUUGUCAACUGCACGGAUAAAGACCAGACGAACCCACGUUGGGCGCAAGCAACUAUUGUCAUAAACAUCAUUAACACCAAUGAUUCUCCUAAGAAUGUGAGGUUUCAGGGGCACAAAUUAUAUGAGAAUGCAAGUAUUGGCUUUGUCGCAGGUGAAUUCACAGCUUAUGACGAGGAUGGAGACAAACUGACGUUCUCUGUUUCGCAGAGCGAUGCAGACACGUUGCAAACUUUCGAAUUAGGGCCUACCAUUUGCUUUAAUUCUACGGUUAACUCGGUGAGACACAGUCUGUGUAGGACGAAUUUGAUUUUAAAGGACACUGUUGACUACGAAACUAAGAACACAUAUUCAGUAAAACUAACAGUUGCUGACCCAAGCGGAGCCUUUAACCUGAAGGAAUUCUUGGUUCACGUCGUAAAUCUGAACGAAGCCCCGACUGGCAUUACAAUUUCAAAGAACUAUGUGCUCGAAAAUAGUCCUGCUGGUACUGUUGUGGGCCAGUUAGCGAUUGCGGAUCCAGAUACAUCGCAGCGAUCACCCCAAGGACAUACUUGUGUUGUUAGUCCGUCGAGUCCGUUUUCAAUCCAGGGCUUAAAUCUUAUUGUGUCUGGAAACCUGGACUACGAAUCGAAGGCAUCUUACCAAAUCAACAUUACAUGUAUGGACAAUGGCGUCCCUCCACUUUCAAUCUGGAAAAGGUUUAUCAUUACAGUUCGUGAUCAAAAUGAAGUACCCGAAUACCUGACUCUUUCAUGGUCAUCAAUACCCGAAAAUGCGCGAAUAGGAUCCGUUGUUGGUAACCUAAUGUCACGCGAUCCAGAUGUUAAUUCCGGGAAACUAACAUAUCACAUCGAGUCACCAGUGAACUCACCAUUUGGAAUAUCUGGUCAAACGAACAGCUCACUUGUUACAACUCGGCUGCUGGAUUUCGAGACGCAAAGUGAAUUCGAUUUGCUAAUCAGCGUCACUGACAACGGAGGAUUGUCUCUUGAGAAGUAUUUCAAAAUCAAAGUUACUGAUAUCAACGAAGCACCCACAGAUAUCAUUGUAGUUCCCUUGACCCUCCCUGAAAAUAGCCCACCAGGAACAUGGAUCGGUUCCAUAACAGUGCUAGACGAGGAUUUCAACUCAACUGCCUCUUGCCGCAUCGUCAGUGGGAACACCGAUUAUUUUGCUGUGUCAGCAAUGCACCUCGUAGCGGGCACAAAGAAAACUGACUACGAGGCUCUGGGAUCAAUGAAAAGCCUCGAUGUGAAAUUGAGAUGCACAGAUGCAUACGGGCUCUCUGUUGAGAAAGUAUUUCAUGUUCAGGUUACAGAUGUAAACGAACCCCUGACAGAUAUAAGAGUGACUGUCCGUACUGUAUCUGAGAACCAAAUCAAUGCUGUGGUAGGCCAAAUUACAAUUCAGGACCCAGAUGUUGGACAAAGUCAUAUGUGUAGUGUUGUUAAUAAUGGCACAACGGGUGCUUUCUUCGAGGUUGAUAAGGCCACAUUGCAAAUCAAAACGAGGCGCCCACUGAACUUUGAAGGAUGGCGUCAGUAUGCUUUAACUGUCAGUUGCUCUGAUGUCGUUGCUUCUGGUCAAAGUCAGUUUACAGUAUUCAAAGAUAUUGUCGUUAAUGUUACAGAUGUCAAUGAAAGACCAUACAAUCCGUGCCCCCAACAAAUUUACGUCGAUGAAGCUGCCUCUAACGGGUCUGUUGUCUGGACAUUUAAGCCACGUGACCCGGACAAUGAGGAGUAUGAUACCGGAAUUAGCCAAAACCAGACCUCGCUGCAGCCAAAACAAAAUCUGAUUGCGGGGAUAUCUUCCGGUGCCCCAGCAUUGCCAUUUGUUAUUGCAGAUGAUCAGUACUUGGCUAAAACAGGGAAACUAGACCGGUCGAAGCAGUCUACUUACAACGUGCCACUGAACGUAACAGAUGAUGGUAUGCUUCUGCGGUUACGCAAUGGAAAGUAUGAGCGGUACCAGGGACAUCGGAUCAACGUAACGUUUAAUUGCAAAGUCGAAGUUCUUGCCUCAGGGGAUCAACGAUUGCAGCUUGACAUAGCACUGUCUUCGAAUACAAUCUCAGAAGAUGCUCUUAAUGGCACCAGGAUUGGCACUUUAUCAGUGAUAAACGGCAAACGUGGCUCGACAUACCAGCUGAGGGUGAUGCAAGCAGAAUCAGCACCUUUUAGAAUUGUUCGCAGUGACCUCAUUCUGGUCACAGGAGCUCCACUCGAUUACGAGACAACCAAUUCGACAGGUGUUGGUAUAAUUGCCGUGGGCUCUGAUGGAACAACUGUGCAAAGAUUGUUUCUCAUUAGAAUUAUAAACGUUAACGAAAGACCAGUCAAAAUGUGCAUUUUGGGUAACAAGACUGUUGUCGAGCUGACCAAUGCUGACCAAAUAGUCGGACAAAUAUUCAUUGAGGAUCCAGAUCAUAUUGAAAGCCGAGGAAUAUGUAGCAAGCCAUCCCCUUCGCUAAGGCAAUCGCAAAACUACAGUUGCCAGAUUGAGUCGAACUUCAUCGAUGUCUCGGAACUGGCAAGGAUUUUUUACAUUGAUCAGAGUUUGAGACUACACGGAAACACAACAUUUGACUACAGUGCCAAAAAGCAAUACUCACUGCCAAUUAUUUGCAGAGAUAUUCAAAAACCAGUGCACCUUAUAGAGAAAACUACGGUGAUCAACGUUCUGGAGAGCUCAACCAGACCAAGGUGGGACUUCACACUUUCUUCAGCCAGUGUCGCUGAAAAUGCAGCAAAUGGAACGGAAAUUGGCACAUUGAGCAUUAUUGAUGGAGGGAGUGACAGUUACAGCUUCAAAGUCACAGAUGACCGCAAACCGUUCCGAGUUUUCGGAACAAAGCUCGUUCUUUACACAAGUGCACCACUGGAUUACGAAACGUCAAAUUCAACAAACAUUGUCAUUGAGUCAAAGAAUUCAAAGGGACUGGCGGUGUCAAAGUCAUUUACAAUUCUCAUCACAAACAUCAAUGAAAGACCAGUAAACAUGUGCUUGGCGAAUGCGUUGUUGGUCAUUCCUGAAAAGUCACCAACCGAGAGUGUUAUUGGACAGAUAGUCGUAGAAGACCCUGAUCACCCAGAAUCAAAAGGUCUCUGCAAAAACGGUGCUAAAGUCAUCCCAGAAGACCAUACUUACAGUUGUGAAAUAUUCUCUAACACUGUGAAUUUAAAUGACAUAAAAAGCAAAUUUUACAUCGACCAGCAAUUCCGUUUACAUAGAAAGAGCGAUUUCGUUUACAAAUCCCAGAGCGUAUACAAUAUUCCUGUCAUGUGCAGAGACAAGAAAAAACCUAUAUUCCUUAUUGAAAGAACAUUUGUUGUCAGGAUAGAAGCUCCAUCUUGCCAAACAUUGUACAAGUUAGUCAACGGUGUAUGCGUUUGUGAGAAUGGCAUGUCUGGACCGAAAUGUGACAGGGAUCCAUAUAUAUGCGCCAAAACCAAAUGCGCGAAGACUGAGGUCUGUGUGAGCCAUAUCAGUGCUACAAAAAGAUGCAUUCCGCGGUUGAAACAAGUUCCAAUACUGCUGCAACUUCCCUUCACCAUUGCGUCACAGGUGCAAAAUAAAUACAAAAUCGAGUCAUAUGUUGAGUCAAUAUUCGAAGGAAGAAGGCCUGCGGGACAGACCUUGAAUUCAUUGUUUUCUAAAAACGUUAUAAGUCGGCGAAAAAGAGACAUACCGAAAGAUGUUUACGUUGAAGCUGCUUCAUCACAAAGAGUGUUAUCAUUCCACAGUUACUUGAUCUUUGUGGCCAUGGAUCCAAACUCUGGUUACGAGGCGUUAUCUGGAAGCAGUAUGUGUGCCUUGCUCAAUGGUACAGAUAUUCGUUGCGUGAACGAGGAAGACUGUAAGCUCUUAAUCCAGGCUGGUAUUGAAUGCCCCUAUGUGUUCCCGGAUAUUGGCAAAAGUGGGACUGGUAAAAGGAAAGCUGAGGAUGAUCAAGGCUCAUCGCCAAAACCCUGGGUGAUUGGUGUUGGCUCUGUCGCUGUCAUUUGUGUUGUGGCAUUUUUGCUAAUUUGUUUUGUUAUAAGGCGAAAGAGAUCAAAACGGAAGUCUGAUCAACCAGUGGUGUUUCAAGAGCUUAAAGGCAGGGACAUGUACGGCUUGGCGAAUCCGGUUUAUUCGGGUGAAACGGUUUCACCUGAAAAUUCUCCUCAAGUUAUUCCAUCCAGAAGGGGGCUGCAACCUCUUGUAAAUAACAACCUGAAUAAUCAACAAUCUAGCAAGAGGCCAGCUAAUAUAAAGAGGUUCGAGAAUCCACUUUACAAAGACAAGCAACGACUUGGAAAUUUGGACUUGAACAACCCGAUAUACGAUACGAGCUCCAACCUGCAGCCCCCAGGGCAGACAAACGAGCAUCUUUACGAAUCAGUUGGUAAAAAGCUGGGAAAAGAAGCAGUCAAUGUGCUGGUAGAGGAGGAGAAAAUGAAAGCUAAAGAAAAGGGCCUUGACGAAGGGGUAGUAGCCCUCCCAGAGCCGAAGUAUGACACAUUAAAGGAGAAUGGUUAUGCUUCGUAUGAAAAGCCAGAUAAUCGUAAAGUUGUUUUGAAUCCGAAAGGAAAAAGCAACAAUUCCAAUUGCUGAAAAUGUUUUAAUCGAUUAUAAGCUUAGAGCUAGAUCUCAUGAGAAAUCAACCGUUUGGCAGUUCCAAGAACAAGAUAAGUAUUGUAUUGUAUGCCGAUUGAUUUUCUCAAAGUAAAAUAUAAGGUACAAACAGGUGUACCAGCCUUUCGCUUGCAACGCUUUUUAUAUCAUAAAUCCCUGAUAAAGCUUUCCAAAUUGAGCGCUUUAGACUAAGCGCUCUAUGCUUAGUGCUCCCAAUUAUGCCCCUUUUUGAAAAAGCAUCCCCUUUAAUAAGUGUCCCCUUGAAUGAGCGUUAAGUGUAUGUAAAGUUUUUAUUUUUAUUAAGUAAAGAAAAGUUGAAAACAGUAUUUACGCUAUAAUUUGCGUUUUAACCUUGUUAAUUAAUGUUCACGGCGUUUUCCGAAAUAAAGUUCAAACCUUCUUUCGAUAUCACUUUUUUAACAAAUGUUACCCGUGAUUAAGCGCUUUAUUUGAUAAGUACUCCCUUGAAUAAACGUCCCUUGAGUAAGCUCCCACUUGAAUAAGCUCCCUCUUGGGUAAGCUCCCCCUUGAAUAAGCUCCCCUUUGAGAAAGCUCCCCCUUGAGUAAGCUCCUCCUUGAAUAAGCUCCCGCUUUAAUAAGCACCCCCUUGAAUAAGAACCCAGACAAAAUGCCAAAAAAUUAACGAACUUAGGCACUUGAUCCAGGAUUUACAGUGUCAAGCCCUAACAGUUGUAAUCAUGUCUGCAAAAUUGUACUAUUAUAGAAAAUCUAAGCGAGUUUUCAUUGUAACUAUUUUUCGGUUAUUCAAUUGUUUGAAUUAGGCAAUGGAGACUUGUUGACCAUCCCUGCUCAUAGGGCACAAUUAUAAAAAAACUUAAGCUCUAUUGGACGAAAGCGAGCUUUGAAAACUGUGGGAAAAGCCUAACUUUCAUAUCGCUGGAAACUAAGUGUCUUUCGAAAUUCUAAUAUAGCAAGAAUUUUAUGCAAUUCUUUCAAUCCUUUUUUCAAAAAGCUCGUUCUUAAAGAAUCUCUUUGCAGUUUGACCUGCCAUAGCUUCAAAGGGGCUUCAAGCAACUUCAAAUUUCCUUUUUACAAACGAUACUCUCUUCAAGGCUUAUUUCCUGUUUUUCAAGGUAGGCUGUUGCUGCUAGAAAUCCUCUUUUGGCAUUAAUUUUUCUUUAGCUCCAUGUCAGCAGAAUCCCUGCAAAUCUUCUUGCUUUUGUUGAGCAACAGUGGCUUUUUACACAAUCAGAAUGCGAGAAUGUCAGUUUUUAGUGUUCUCGGUAGUUUAUUUGUAUAGAGUUGUCUUUAUAGUGAUAUUUAAUGACACGUUUUGUAAAUAGUGUUUUGCACAACUAUGUUUAAGAAAGUUCUGAAGCUGUUUUUCCAAGCACUAGCAAUAGUCUUCCAGAAAAGUUUUCCUUUUUCAUGCCUUGAUCU